CCAACCUCCAACGUGUUUUUUGUUGCUAACUGCUAACAGCAGAAAUGCUGUGUAGGUUAGAGAAUAAUUAUUCUUUUAUUUUUUAAAACCAGACGUGAAACGAUUUUAAUUUUAAUGGAAUAAUCAUUUAGCUAUCAUAUUAAAAGCGAAGAGAAGCUUUGUUAGCUCAACCCUGAACUGGCUCAGAAAGGAGGGGGUUGCAGCUGGGGGAAGAUCGUGCAUGCAGGGAGAGCCCUUCGUCUUCUGGAAAACACGCCGGUAUUAUUAGGCUGAAACUGCUGCAUCCAGGUGAGGAGUUGAAAGCUGCAGCAGGAAGGGAAGGGCUGCUUACCUGCCGAUCUCUUUAACUCCACGAACCACUAAGAACAGGACAGAAUGGAUGAAGUAAAGCCUGCUUCUGUCAGUGUGACAAAACAUGCAGGGGAAGGAACCCCUGAACCAGUCAGGAUCAUUCCCAUCCCAGCCCAACCAGUGACCACACCAUCCAUUCCCAUUAAGCCCGCAGGAACGACUUUGGGCUUUGCAGUUAAUGGUCGACCCAUUCAUCUGCUACCUGGAGGUAAUGGUGCAGAGCUGAGGCUGCAGUCUCAUCCUGAAGGUUCGGCCAGUGGCUUCACUACCAUCCAGAUCCCUGUCACCCUGACCCUCCACAGUCCCUUAGGAACCCGCUACAUAAACACCACAGCCUCUCUGACUUCCUCUUCCUCCUUGGCUCGUCCACCUCCUUCUCCUGUUGUUGUUCCUUCAUGUCCUCCAGGAUCUGGACCUGUCCCCAUCAUCACAGGCGUGGUUUCGGGUGAGGCAGCCAAGAAGGUUCUGAAUGACCACAGUGUGAACCUAAAAUCCCCUUCUCAGAAGUCAGAAAAAACUCGCCCCUCUGCUGAAACCUCAAGCCCGAAACCCAAGAGAUCCAGUUAUAAACCUCGUCCAAGCAGGUUCGCAGCGCCUGAAAAACUGCUGCGCAAAGGUGAGAUCGGAGCUGCUGCUCCUCCCGACUGUCAGCUCUGCAAAUCUCAGUACAAGCUCAUCACAGAGCUGCGAGGAUUUAUGUGUAUGUGUUCCCCCGCCAUCGCUGAAGGUCUGAUUAAUAUGAAAAAGCAGAGGUUGAAACGCCUCAGAAGGGUCAGAUUUCUGAAGAAGGCCUUUCAGCUCAGUAGAGAACCUCCGUUCUCCGCCAAGGAACCCCACAUUCAACAAGCAGUUUUCUCUCCACCUAAAGUCCUCACUCCUCCUCGGAGAAUUCGCACAUAUUCUGAUGACAGCCAGUCAGAUGAGCAUAGCGGCUCUACGAGCCCCACCCUCAGUCCAGGCGGCCAGUUACAACUAGCAGACUAUCCUCCCAGUAAACUGGUGAUAAUGGUGGAGGAUUUCUUUUAUGGCCGUGCCCCUGGAAUCAGCACAGAUAAAGAAAGUCUGCUGGAGUUCAGAGAAGGGUUCCACUGCAUCCACUGCUCCACCGUGCUCAGCAACAACAUCAGGUUGAUGGAUCACAUGCAGCAGCACAUGUUCACGUUGUCUCAGGGAGACGGGCAUGUCGACGAUGGAUCCACCUGUCCAAAGUGUUUCCGUAUUUUCUCAUCUCCGCUCAGUUUAGAGUCCCACAUGAAAGAUGUCCACAGUGAGGACGAGUUAACAGUGAUUUGCAAGAUCUGUGAGCUCUCGUUUGAAAAUGAACCUGCCCUCCUCUAUCACAUGAAGAGCACUCAUCAACCAGGAGAGAUGCCCUAUGCCUGCCAGGUGUGCGAGUUUCGGUCGUCCUUCUACUCUGACGUCUGGUCCCACUUCAGAGAGGCUCACUCUGACACCAGAGACCUGCUGUGUCGAUACUGCCUCAAAGUUCUGCACAGCAGCACCUGCUACCAGCAGCAUUUUGCCCGGCAUCAGAAAAAACAGAUGCUCAGCUGUGACAAGUGUCGACUUCACUUCCUGUAUGUUAGAGAACGGGCAGAACACAAAGAGUUGUAUCAUAAAACUCACGUCACUCCCCCUCAGCUUAGUGGACUCAAACCUGGAACCAAGGUUACUGUUCGGAUGUAUUCUGUAGUUGGAGCGUCUGAAAGGAACAAGGAGCUGAGCAAAUUGUACAUUCCCUCAAAGGUGGUCGAUGUUGCCCCACUCCCCGUCGAACCGGAAGUUCCCGAGGAGAGACCAGCGGAACGUCUGGGAACGCUUCUCUCUGGUCUCAAGGCUGGAAGUGACUUUGACCCAUCUCAGCGCUGCGUGGAGUGCCUGAAAUCGGUUCAAGAGCUUGACAGCCAUUUCCCUACGCUGGUUCACUGCUCCUUCUGCAAGUUCACCACAUGUUGCUCCAACUCCUACGCCAACCACAUGAUCAAUAAUCACACCAUAUGGAAAGAACCUCCGUUUCCAACCGUCUUCCAGUGGAACACAAGGAUGCCAGAAGUUCUUAGAUGUGAUUCGUGUCCAUUUUCCACUUUCAAAGGGGAUAUAAUGGCCAAUCACAUUACAGCGAGACCAGAUCACGUCUGUGUCAUGGUAACAGAUAAAGAGGAAACUUUGAAUCAGGACAAGAUUCUCAAAAAUGAGUGCUCCCCGGUCAGGCAGAACCUAAGCAAUGCUAAUGGAGUCUUCGUCCCGAUUCAACUCGUUCCACAUGUUCAGCCGUCCCCUCAGCUGUCAGUCAAAGCCCUGAGCGCCGCUUUCUCUCCUCCCUUCACACCAGCCAUGACCAUCCAGAUAACGGGGGUGGGAAAGCAAAGGGUCAGUCCUCUGACCCACGAUCAGCUCGUCAUCGUCCUCUCCUCUUUGUGUCACGGCAUUGCUGAGACGGCUCGGCGCACCAAGGUGUCUCCCGCCACCAUCCGGUUCUGGAUCGCCUUGCAGCAGCGCGGCCUGGCGCAGACAAGAUGGAGCUGGAAAACAGACAAGAUGGCGGAGUGGGUCCUGAAUCGCAGAGAGCAGCAGCUGAGCGUGACGGAAACCGUCCUGCUGCUGACGGCCAGGUCCACUCUGGGCGAGAGCACUCGGGUGGAGGAGUGCUACAGCUGGACGAUAGACUUCAUGCUGAGGCACGACCUGGGGCUGCAGACCACCAACAACAACAAGCUGAGGAGCAUCCAGGAGGAGAGCCGCAGCUUCAUUCUGUCCAUCUACACACAGAUUCAAAGAGGAGUCCUGCCUCUUCACUGCUGGGGCUGCAUGGACGAGCUUCCCAUCUUCAUCAACUUGGACCUGUUCUCCAAACAGGACCCCUCUGCCUUCCAGCUGUUUGGGGCGCCUGAGGACAAACCCAUCUACGACAUCGUCCUAUCUGCCCUGUCGGACGGCAGCCUCCUGCCCCCUCUGUUGUUCUUCACAGGAACUGCAUCGAGCAUCCCGGAUGGGUUUCCUGACAACGUGCUGCUGGAAGCCCGAGAGGAAGGAUUCACAGAGGAGGAGCGUCUGAAAAUCUGGAUUGACAAGGUGUGGCGGCCAUGCGUGACUUCCAAACAAAACGAUGACUCUUUCUUAAUGAUGGACGUCCACCGAGGUCACCUCAGCCAAGCGUUCAGAGAGAAUCUGUCCGCCUGCAACACUGACAUCGCCUUCAUCCCCGCAGGGUGCAGCUGUCGGCUGCAGCCGCUCGAAAUCUGUGUGACACAGGUGCUGCGGGAUUUUCUGCAGGCCAGAUGGUGUCAGCUGGUCUCUGAUGGAGGACUCGAUGGUCUAGGCUUAGAUCAGCUGGCUCUGACUAUUGCUUGUUGGCUCAGUGAAGUUUCCUCCACUCUGAACUCGCAGAUGGAGAUCCUGCGGAGGUCGUUCACAUUAGCAUGCAGCCUGCAGUACCUGGAGAAUCGAGGAGAGGCAGCCAGGUUGAUCAGAGCUCUGACAGACGCUCUGUCCCAGCCCCCAGGGUCUGGGUCACAAGGACAUUUACCAGCACCACAGACUGAAAGGAGACUGCUGUUACUGGUGAUGCAGGGGAAGAAAAACGGUGGGAAUGUAGAGGAGAACUUCAAAGGCACACUGAUGGAGGUCUGCAGCCCAUCAGCUCUGCGUCAGGUGUUUAACAGCGAAAGCGAUGGCGAGUCGUUCCAUGGUUUCACUGACGUCUGAGGCCUUAGUCCUGAGACUCUAUUAGAUAAUACUGAGUAUGAGCAUGCAAACAAUUUGGCUUUAAUGCAAAAAAUGAUUAAGAUGUUUCAUUCAAAGCAAAUAGUCCAGAAAUGGCUGACUGGAAUAGAUAAUAGUCUGAUAUGAGAUAAAGGCAUGAAUAACUCCCCUGUUACAGGGCUUAAUUUGUCUUGUUAUAUCGAUAAAGAAAUAUAAAGUUACCAGAAUAAUAAAAAACAUAUUGACCAGUUUAGACAUAAUUCUACUGUAAACUGAAGAUUGUAUGUUUUAUAAAGGAAUAUAUAUAAAAGAAAAACAGUCAGAGCUGAUCUUCUAACAUCAACUAAGCCCGGUUUGUUUAUCUCUCCUUCAUAAUUAAACCUUUAACAGCCUCCGUUCAACAAAUAGAGCUUUUUAUGUAUGUUAAGGCUUCAGAUAUAGAUAUUGAUCUAUAAGCUUCUGGUGGAAAAGUGAGUGUAUAAAUAAGAAAUAUGUAAAGGUUGUUUCCCACUGCUGUCUGUAAAUUAACUCUAUUUUUUGGUACUUUUUUCAGGAAUUCUGUAAUUUUUGUAGUAUAAUAAAACAAAUGUUCCCUCUGA